AUGGUCGCUCCAAAUUCGAUAUCGCGUGAACAGGCAUAUCUCAAUUGGCUCGUCUCACAACCAAAGGAUCUCGCCCCUGAACGCAUCUAUGAGAAACUCGAAUGCGUUGGAAAGGGAGCCUAUGGUGCGGUGUACAAAGGUCGACAUAUCCCAACUGGUCACGUCGUCGCGCUCAAGAUUAUAAACCUCGAUACGGAGGACGAUGAUGUUGGCGAUAUACAAAAGGAGAUCAGUCUACUUCAACAGCUCAUGCAAGGGGCUGGAGGGAUGGUACCUAACGUUAUCAAAUACCAUGGAAGUUUGGUCGAGGGUCCGAGAGUAUGGAUCAUUAUGGAAUAUGCGGAAGGUGGAAGUAUAAGGACUUUGUCCCGAGCACAACCGUUGAAAGAAUUGCACAUAUGUCUCAUUAUGAGAGAAGUUUUACUGGCAUUAGCAUUUCUUCACAAGAACGGAGUCAUUCAUCGGGAUAUCAAAGCUGCCAAUAUACUUCUCACGACCUCUCCACCUAGGAUAUUACUUUGUGACUUUGGAGUUGCUGCUCUCCUAGUUUCCAACACUUCUAAAAGGUCUACUUUUGUGGGAACACCCUAUUGGAUGGCACCAGAGGUUGUGACAGAAGGAAGAAUGUACGAUUCUAAAGCUGAUAUUUGGUCUUUGGGCAUUACUUUAUUGGAGAUGGCACAUGGAGAACCUCCAAUGUCAGGUCAACCUGCAGCUAGAGCUGUCAUGCUGAUUGGAGAUAAGAAAAUGAGAGCUCCUAGAUUAGAAGGAGGUAAUUGGAGUAAAGAUAUGAGAGAUUUCGUUAUUGGUUGUUUGAAUGAAGAACCCAGUGAUCGAUUACCUGCGGAAGAAUUGAGCAAGACGAAAUGGAUACGAAAUCAAGCGAAAACUCCAUUGACACAGAUGAGCGAGUUGGUGACUAGGUUUCAGACUUGGAAAGAGAAUGGAGGGCAACGUCAAAGUUUAGCUCCUGGUGUAGGAGCGAAUAUCGAGGAUGAGGAUGAUGAGUUGGCUGGGAAUAGUGCGGAUUGGGCUUUUGAUGUUGACACAUUAAAUGCUGGUUCUGCAAACACACGUCCAGCUCCACAAUCACUCCGUCGAUUAUUUCAUGAUGAAACAUCUUCUGAUCCAGACCCUUUCUUAUCUUUCACACAUCAACAACCUUCUACACCUCAAUCAUCUGAGAACUCCUCAACAGUAGAACAAGAAGGACGUUUCCCAACUCCUCCAAGUGAAGAAGAGUGUUUGAAGACAUACGAUGAAGAUUCCGUUGACGAAGGUACAAUUCGACAACAACGUUUGGGAAGACAUGGUAAUUCUCCUACACCUCUUCGUAUUUUAAUAGGAAGAGAAGCAGAAAGUACUUUAUCAACUUCUAGUUCUGGUACACUUCAUCCUGAAGGAUCACAAGCUCCGACACCAAGAGCUGAAUCUGUUAGUUCAUUAAGACAAGCAAGACCUAUCAAUCUAAAUCCUAAUCCUAAUCUUAAUCCUAAUCCUAAUCCUAAUCCCGAAUCUCUAUCUUCUACCUCGACGAAGAACAAUCUAGUAGAACCUUCUCAAAUGAAACGUCGACCUGGUGGUUCAGUCAGCGAAGGUUUAAGAGGAUUUCAAUUUCCUUUGGUUUCUAAACCUCCACAAAACAUACCUUCACCAAAACAAAUUUCUGGAAAUCUCCCAUAUCUUAAUGGACCAACCAAUUCUAUCGGUUUGAACGGUCUCAAUCAUUCUAUAGGACAAUCAAAUUCAAAUUCAAAUCCAAGUCCAACUCCUAUUCGUCACGCACCGACAUUACAAAGAAUGCAUUCCGCAUCUCCUAAUAUGGAAAACGUUUCAUCACCUACAAAACCUCUUCCAACUCUUGGUGGUAUACGUCCAACUAUGAUGCGACAAGCUUCUGUAGCAGUUAUGGAAGGACGUGCUGCAUCACAUUCUCAUACUCAAGCUUUAACAGCUUCAACAGAUCAUGAAUCUAAUUCAAACUUAUAUAAUUCCCCUUCCAAAGGUCUCGCACUUCCUCCUUCAAAUAUCCGACCAAUCAAUCCCAACGGUGUCAACUCUUUAAACAUACCAAAUGGUUCAAAUGGCUUGAAUGGAACAAAUGGAAUGAAUAAUACAAAUGGAAUGAAUAAUACAAAUGGGAAUGGGAAUGGGAAUGUAGUAGGAACGAAUUCAAACCCGAUGAAUCGAUCUAGAAGUGGAAGUAGAGUAGAUGAAAAUGGCUCAAUAGUAGGAUUAAGAGAAUUAUUAAAAUUAUCACCAGCAAUAUCAGAAAUGACAGAUUUACUUCCACCAAGUCCAUCAACAAUUGUAGGUAAUAAUAAAUUAAAUAAUUGGCAACAAUUUCAACCUCAACCAUCACCGUUAUCAUCAUCAAAUUUCGAAAAUCUAUCAAUUCCUAUGGUCCCUUCUUUAUCUUCAAUCUCGACAUUUUCAAAUCAGAGUAAUAUGACUUUAUCAGCUCAAUCGACUAAUCUCAAUUCAGGAGGUAUACCUCUUUCUCGAGAUCCAUCUUUGACUUCGACGGUAGUACAGGGAUUAGGUUUGAAAACGAAGAAUGACAUAUCUGAAAGAAAUCAAGGUUUAGGUGUUGGGAUGGGAAAUGGUGUGAAUGAUGUGAAUGUGAUAUCGGGUAUGAAUGAUUCGAAUGGUGGAGAUGGUAUGGUCGAAGGGGUAGGGGACGGGGAAGGAGGUAUAGGAAUAGGAAUAGGAUUGAAAAGGAUGAAAUUGGAAGGACCGAUUGUCAAACCAUUGGAUUUAGCGAAUAUCUCAGAUGAUGUAGUUCUCACAGAAUUGGAAAGUUUGGUAAAAGAUAUGGAACGUUGGUUUGGGGUGGUAGAAGAUGGUUUGGAAAAUCUCCUCACUCCUCCAAUGACAGAUACCACAUCUUGA